CGGCCCUCGGAUUUCUCCGUGUGGUUUUGUGCUUCCCUGUCCGUUCGUCGCCCGCAGGACUCCCUGUGCUGAUGUGUCCGUGAUGUUAUGGACGGGGCUGGAUAUUCUCGGAGGGAAAGCGGGAACCCGAUGCGGUUUUGUUGUCUGAGGUCAGUGGAGAAACAACAUGGUAUUCAGUGAAAAGCAGUAAUUCAGAGUCUGGACAGAUGACGUCACCCCUUCAUCUACAUGACUGAUGAAGGUAAUGUUGCCCAUCAUGGCAAAGAAGCAAAGAAAUGCUUGAUCGACGCUUCCAGACACCCGUUCACCUGUACAUGGCUCAUCUAAGGCUGCUGUAGAAGCCAGUGUUGGGCAAAGACAUUGAGUGCAGUACUUACAGAAGCAUCAGUGACUGAUUGAAAUAGCAUCCCUUCAAGAUGCUGUCUGCUCUGAAGAAGCUGGUUGGCUCCGAGCCACCUGUCCAGCAGAAGGACAAGAUCAUUCCCGCAGGUCUACAGUCAAUGAAUCAGAGUCUGCAGAGGCGAUUUGCCAAAGGAGUGCAGUACAACAUGAAGAUUGUGAUCCGUGGAGACAGAAACACAGGGAAGAGUACACUGUGGCAGCGACUGCAGGGAGGAAAGUUCCAGGAGGAAUACAUCCCCACGCAGGAGAUCCAGGUCACCAGCAUCCACUGGAAUUACAAGACUACUGAUGACGUGGUGAAAGUGGAAGUGUGGGAUGUUGUAGAUAAAGGCCAAAAAAUCCCUCUUCCUGAAGGUGUAGGAAAGAGUAAAAAACGGAGUGACACACUCAAACUGGAGAAUGAGCCACAAGAGGCUGAGAAUGAGAUGGCGUUGGACGCCGAGUUUCUGGACGUGUAUAAGAACUGUAACGGCAUCAUCAUGAUGUUCGACAUCACAAAGCAGUGGACUUAUAACUACAUUUUGCGAGAGUUACCCAGAGUGCCGACUCACGUUCCAGUGUGCGUGCUUGGCAACCAUCGAGACAUGGGUGAACAUAGGGUCAUCCUGCCUGACGACAUCAGAGACUUCAUUGCCAGCCUCAACAGACCGCUGGGCUCUUCCUACAUUCACUAUGCUGAGUCUUCCAUGAAAAACGGCUUCGGCCUGAAAUAUUUGCACCGAUUUUUCAACAUUCCUUUCUUGCAACUUCAGAGAGAGACACUGUUACGGCAGCUGGAGACCAAUCAGCUGGAUAUGGAUGCCACGCUAGAGGAGUUGACAGUCCAGCAGGAGACAGAGGACCAGAACUAUGAGAUAUUUUUGGAGAUGAUGGAUACCCGUACUAAAGGCUACAGCUCCCCAAGUGCUGCGAACGGUCAGAGUCCGUCUUCAGGCUCGCAGUCGCCCAUCGUGGCGGCAGGGGGCAGCUCCACGGGCAGCUCCAGUCCAGGGACGCCCCAGCAGCCCGCAGGUCUCGCUCAGAGCCCUCAGUCUCCCUCCUCUUCUCCCUCCCCGCCUCCACCACCCCUCCCCACAGCCCAGAGUCCAGAGAGACCUGCCCCUUGCCCGUCCCCCCCUCCUGCUCCUGCUCCUGCUCCUGCUCCUUCUCCGGCCCUGGUCCAGGCCCCCUCUCCGGCUCCGCUGCCACAAAAACGCAGCUUCAUCUCCAGGCUGUUUGGAUCGGCCCCUACCCCUGAACCACCCGCAGCCGUAACAGAGGCGGAGCCGGUGGCUCCUGAAGCACCGCCCACCGUUCAGAGUGUGGAUGACUUUGUGCCCGAUGACAGACUGGAUAAGAGUUUCUUAGAGGACAGCGUGCCAUCCAGCGCCAAAGCCAGUAUGAACGCCCAGCCACAGGCGGCCAGCCUGGACAGUGACAGUGAUGGCGAGGGUAACCCGAUGGUGGCUGGAUUUCAGGAUGAUUUGGACCCUGAUGAUGCUGAGCUGAGGCAGCAGGAGCCCAGAGCGUCUGUGCUCAGUAAAAAUCUGGACUUAACACUGUCCAGCGAUGAGGGAGAGGACGGAGCUCGACCAGCCGUUGCUCAGGAUGAUGUGGAGCUCACACUCAACGCUCCCCUGGAGGAUUUGAGUUCAUCACUGGAGGACAAACUCAAACUUCUGGAGACUGAGUCUUCAGUCCAGCCCAAUACGAGCGACACCAGCAAGAACACAGAGCCUUCUAUACUAAUCCCAACACCUGCACAGCCUACACACAGUCCACACACACAGACACACACCCCUGCAGAGCAGCCGGUCCAUCCCAGCAAGAGGAAAACGGCUUCAGCUCAGGGCGACUCCUCCGAUACCGACCCCGAGGCUCCAGUGGCUCAGAUGCUGUCCUUCGUCAUGGACGACCCUGAUUUCGAGAGCGAGGAGGAACGUGUCCAGAAGGUUGAUAAGGAGGCUUUUCCAGUCCGAGCAGAUCUGUCUGACCUUUCGGACGAUGAGCUCGUCCCGACGAAGGUGUUGGAGCCUCCGAAGGCCUCGAUCCUCUCCUUCAAACACAAGAAUGACAGCGACCUGUUCGGCCUGGGCUUUGAGGAGAAGACCCCCAAGAGCAAAGACAGCAGUGAUGAGCAAGAAGAAAAGGAAAGCAGGCACUCCACAAAGGAGAAGAAGAAGAAGAAGAAGAAGACUAAAGAGGAUGAAGAGAAAAGCAGCAAGAAGAAGCACAAACAGAAGAAAAAGGAGAGAGAGGAGGCAGCAGGAGCAGGAGAAGAGAAGGAGAAGAAGAAGAAAAAGUCCCGCAGCAAAAAAACGGGCGAGCUGGACGACCUGGAGGCGUUCCUGGCUGGAGGGGAAGGGUCAGCCAAGAGAGAGGAGGGAGACUACGAGGAGCUUUAGAAGGCCAGGCAUGCUGAGACAUGACUCAACCUGUAUGUGCAAUAGUGGCCUCAGCAAGUCCUUAAGAAACACGUGGCAUUUCACAUUACAUGGCAACAUGCUCGAGAGAGAGAGAGAGAGAGAGAGAGAGAGAGAGAGAGAGAGAGAGAGAGAGACUGAGACUGACUUUCACUUCUGGUUUUCACCACAGAGGUCAGCAGUGGACAUCUUCCAGCACUCAAACUGCAAUAAGUGGAGAAGCCACUGAGAACUGCUGCAUCCUGCAUGUACCAGUACCACCUUUUUGCAGCUCGUUCUUAUUUUUGUUAUUAUUAUUUGUGAAAUAUUGACCGGCUCCCUGCUGGCUUUUCUACUGUAUGCUCUUUUUCUUUUCUGGGGUAACCACUCCUAAAACAAACUCCUAUAUGCUUUUCUUUGCUACAGUCGCAUCCGUUUCUUGGUUGCCCUCAUAUAAAAGCCUAAGAAAGCUGCAGAAGAGCAUGUCUCUCUUAACAUUUGGUGCAUGGCUGCGGGUCCUUAUUUUGUACAUUUGGUUUCAGUGUAUUAGGUGAACUGUGCUGUAUACUGUAUUUCGUCUGUGUAACCUUACUGAGUUUUUUUGUUUUUGUUGUUUUUUUU